CUCUGACGUGGAGGGUACUUGUGAGAAUCCUCCCGCAGAUAAAGCCCAUUUGAGGAGUCAUUACCUUUGGGCUCGUCCAGUAUGUGUGUGAAAACCCUCCGCGCGCCGAGAACAGAUCAUUGUUGGUGGGGCGUGCGGUUCAAAGGUUGCAGCGUUUCUUCUUCGGUCCACGCAGACGGGCAGGUGCAGGGUCCGCAGGAUCCCCAACUGACACAUGCAGGAGCUCCGCUUUGACAUCAGAUAAAAUGGAAGUUGUCACCCUGCUGCUGAUGUCCUUCUUCAUUGUUUCUGGAAAUUCAUACAUGUUGGAACCCAUCACACAGAUAGCAGCUCUGGAUGGAGACCAGCAGUCUGAGAUGAGGAGUGAGCAGCGUAAGGAUGUUUCUGUAUCAGUUGACGGGGGAGGAAAGGCUGCUGAAUCCACUGAGAGAAGGAAAACAGACGGUGAUCAGAGGAGACGAGGACUGGCUCCAAAGACAGGGCGGGGAAAAGAGCAGCUGGAGGAAAUAAUAGAUCAAAUCAUAGCUGAUUUUGGUUGGACUGUGGGAGAAACCUUACACGUAAAUCGAGGAUUUGAAAAAAGAGGUGAGGAAACUUUAACUGCAGAGACAUUUUCUAAAUAUUUAGAGGAAGAAACUGUCAAUGUAGAGAGCCCUAAAACAUGGGGGAGAUGGAUCAAAAAGAAGGAAAAGGACGAUGAGGUUGAUGAAAACUUUAAUAAAAGUGAUCAAAUGAUGCAAGAAAGAGAGAGCCAGCUGGUUGCAGGGCUCCAUCUUCACGAAGAGAAAGGAGGAAAUGAGGAAAGGGAGGAAGGGGAGAGCAUAAAAAAUGCAAACUCAAAUGACUCACAAGAAAGAGAAAAAGAUGAUCCCUCAGUGGUUAGUGAUCUCACACCUCCUCUGAGCACUUCCUCUAACCCACGGGGGAAGGAAAUCGAAAUUCCUGCCACAUUUCAAGUUAUCACCCAGUCUCAAAAUCCCCCUCCUUUUCAUUAUAACGUCCCUCCAUCAGUUCUGGUAACACCCACACGAGCUACUUCAGUCUCCUCUCGAGCGCCGACGUCUCACGCCAAAGUUCGUCCUCAGUUUUUCCCUCCAUCUGUCUCUCCAAAGCCCGCAGAAGUUUCAGUCUCAACAGUGGCUCCAGAUGUGAGGAGGUCUGUUUUUCUGCUUGAAGAUCUCCUCACUGAGGUGUUACAAAGUCCUGGACAUCAUCUCAAGCAGAAUGAAAUGGAAGAAACCGCUCAUUUAGAGGAGGCAAAAGUCAGAAAUAUGUUGUAUAAACCAGCAUGGAAGGAGGAAACCGCACGUGAAAUAAACACAAAAGCGGCAGAAUUCAUCCCAAAGGUGCAAACCGUCACGCCAAAACCCAAAGAAGAACCCAAAGAGCCGCAUCCUGCUCUGAAAAUAAACAAGAAUCAUCCCAGUGCUAAGCCGGUCGAGGUCAUACGUAAACCAAACAAGCUGAAACCAACAGGGGAACCCAAACCGGUGGAAAACGCCACCAAACUCACACUGAAGCGAAACAAACCAUCACCUCCCCGACCGCAUCUGGCAACGAACGUACAAACAUCUUCUCAAACGCCAGCAAAGAUGACCAAAACUAAGACGGCCAAGAAGUCGAAGGAAAAGAAAAAGAAGGACAAUAAAACCCAAAAGCCAGUAAAGAAGAAGAAGAAGAAGGAGGUCAUGGCGCCAACGCACUUCCCGUACUUUAUGGACAACUACUGUCCACCUGAGUGUGCCUGCUACGGAAGGGUGGUCCAGUGCUCAGACAAAGGUGUGGACAAGGUUCCUUACGGUAUUCCCUACAGUGCUCGCUACAUCCUCCUCAUGAACAACCGCAUCGACAGCAUCCAGCUGGACCUGCUCGACGAGUACGUCUCUAUGGAGUUCCUGGUGCUGAGCAACAAUCGGCUCACAGAUGCUUCCAUUGAGGGAGCCUUUGAGGGGAUACCGGCUCUGAAGCGCCUCUACCUGGACGGGAACCUCUUAGAAAGCGUGCCAAAUGACCUUCCGAUGUCUCUCGAGGAGCUUCGUUUGGACAAUAACCACCUGAGUGUGAUGUCUGAGGCCGUCUGGGCUCGCUGCCCUGGACUUCUGGUUCUAAGCCUCAGCAACAACAGCUUGGGGAACGGAUCAGAAUCCCUCCCUAAUGCGGUGCUCUCGCCUUUGUACAACCUGCGCACUCUGAACCUGGAUCACAACCAGUUGAAGUCAGUUCCUCUGGGGUUACCGCUAUCCAUCAAGGAGCUGUACUUCAAAGGGAAUCUCAUUGAGCACUUCAGAGGAGGAGCUUUCGACGGAAAAUCAGAGCUGGUUGUGUUGGACUUAAGCGCAAACAGACUCACGAACAAAGGCCUUCUUAGGGAGUCUCUCGUCAACGCUACUCACUUGGAAAGCCUCAAUUUAGAAGGUAACAGACUAAAACAGGUGCCAAAACACCUUCCGCCCUCCCUUAAAACUCUAAAUCUGGAAGGCAACCUCAUAUCGUCUUUAAAGAGAACGGUUUUCAGCACGUUGAAGAACCUGGAACACCUGGGUUUAGCGAGGAAUACAAUCUUCAAAGUAGCACCAGGGGCCUUCAGGUCUCUGCCGGUCCUGCACCAGUUAGAUCUCUGCCACAACGCUUUACGCCAAGUGCCCAGACAGCUCCCACAAGCUCUGCACUCGGUUGCCCUCACGCACAACAAGAUUCAGUCAGUGCCUCGAGAUGCUUUCUGCUGGGGGAACAGGAGUCUGAGUCUCAGCAGGCUCGUACGAGUGCAGCUUGAGCACAAUCUAAUCGAUAUGGGGAAGCUGGAUGGUCAGGCUUUCAGGUGCUUACGGGGAUUCCAGGUGGUGCAUUUCUACUAAACCUAAACCUAAAACUAAAGAAAACAUGCACUGUGAAGACAAUUUAUAUAUGAAAGAAAAAACAAACAUAUUGUACAGCUUGAACUUUGCAGACUUAUCCAAUAUUGAUGCCAGAAGCUGACAGUGUAACUGACCCAAGCAAGUAAAAAAAAAUGUAUUUAUUGAGUGUGAAAUUCAAUUUAUUUUUAUGUUACCCACCGAUGGCUCAGUCUUUGGCUUCUUUUAUGAUGUUAAUUUUCCUCCCACAGGCUGUUUUUGCCAACAAGCCUUAAGGUUUGGAGAACAAUGGCUGACUGUACAAAAACAGGAAUAAUCCAGCCAAGUUAUUGGUAACCAAAAUGUUGUGACUGCCAGAUAUUAUUGGGGGGGGGGGGGUUCAUGAAGGUUUUCCAAAGAAGAGCUGGUAAGAAAUAAACAGGCAACAUUUGGUCUCCAUUACAUUCAGUAAUGUAUCACUGUAACAGACAAAUAAAACAAUUAGGUCCGUCAAAAGAUUAAAAAAUCCAAUUGCGAUUCAUCGCCAAAUUUCAAUAAUAAUCCCGAUUAAUCACAUUUUAAUAAAAUGUUUGAAAUUAAAUUCUUUCGCAUUUAAUAAUAAAAAUUGUUGGGCUUUUAUUUUUAAUUUUUAUACUGUCUUAUUUCAAUUAUUUCACUUGCUGUUUGAUUCAACUCUGCUUUUAUUUUGAAAUAAAGUAAGGUCCUUCUGGUAGAUCGAAGGUUAAGACAUUAACUUAAUAAUGUAAAAAGGAACUCGUUACGGAUCAGAAACUAAAUGAAAACAGCUCAAAGGAAUGGUAAAAAGUGAAACGUUUGAUGUCAUGAGGUGGAUAUUACUUCAGACUUUCCAACUGAGCUGUCUGAGAGAUCAUGGAAAACAAAGAUCCAGCAGUGUCGUUCUUUUACAAUUCCAAUUUUUCACACAUUCAGUCGUCUUCAGAGAAAAGCAGGCAAAUGAAAGUGUUGUAGAUUAGAAACCAGGUGAUCCUAAUCAGUGUGUGAAAGCAAUGUGAACAUAGAAAGAGAGUUUAUAGAGCCUGCAGUCACACAUCAACAUUAAAGAAAUUACAUUACAUAGAAGGCCACAAAUAGAAAGUGUGAAGUAAAAAUAUCUAAAUGCAAACAUUAAUAAGUUACAUUAUUAAGAAAUGCAUCAAUUCACAACAAUAUUUAAAGUUGAAUGAAAACUUGUAUGUAUAUAAAUAUAAAAAUGGGUGAAAUUGCACAAUUCAUAGAAUCAUAGAUUAAAAAGUACAGGAAGAAAAACCAGUUUAUUAAAUUUAUUUAUAGAAGAUAUAAAAAUACAUCAUUAAUUGGCUACUUUGGUUCUACGUAUACCUGUGAAUACCCUGCACUACAGUACUGAUUAUAGAGUUACAUAUAUGCUUUCAUUUUGUAAUAUUUGUUAGAAUAUAAAAGCUCCUUUGUAAAACUUCAUGUAGGCCUUGUGUGUUCUUUUGGCUAUGAAUGCCCUCUCUAUGUAUUCUACUUCUAUGUUGAAGCUGAUUAGGUCGUUUGCUGACAGAUUGGAAUCACCUGUGCUCUGCUCGUUUAAGCUCCUCAGGGGCUUUUUACAUUUUUUAAAAAGUUGUUUCUUAUCUAACUGAACAUGACAGAAAAAAAGGAAAAAUUGGGAAAAUUAUACAUUUAUUUGUUGCUGAAUUCUUCGUUCUCCCUGAGAGCUAGCACUGCACCAUAGACGUUUGUUCUCCACAGACUUUCAGAAACAUUUAAUGUCAAUUAUUUGUCCUGUUCUUUUAUAUCUAAUGAAUCCCCAGAAGAAGACUCAUCCUUCUGUGAUAAAGUUUGAGUUGUGUUGUUUUUCAUAAUCCCUGUCUGGUCCUUACUGAAAAAGGAAAAUUGUGGAAAUUAUUAACUGGAAGCCCGGAGAGUUUACCGUCUGAGCUCCAAACUCAGUUUCCCCAUGCUCACAAAUAUUCCACAGCGGAGCGAUUUCACAAUUUUCCAUUUACAUAUUAGGGAAGCUUGCUGUUUGUGCAUGCUGUUUGUUCAGCCAUGAUUCUCAGGGGGGAAUCACUCAAGAAAAUAAAUAACAUGAACCUGCCAGCCAGGGUCGGUCUGACAUAGACUGAUGCAAAUGAGUCUGAAGCCUAAA